AUGGUGUUCAGGGCGACGGCCACCACCACCACGCUGCUGCCGACGCAGCAGCAGCAGCAGCACCAGCACCAGCACCAGCACCAGUCACAGCAGAGCUACUUCCAUGCGAACGUGACGGCGCUGCGGAGCCUGCAGCACCGAAUGCAGCUGCGGGCGGAAGCGGCGCAGGUGCUGCACACUGGGCCAUCACCUCUUUCGCUCAGUAAAAGUGGACCGUCAGCGUUGUCAGCACAGCACCACCACUGCCAACGCGGCGCUGCUCGUCCUGCGCCACUGCCUUCCUCUCCAUCAAAGCUGAACGCAACGCAGACAGCACCAGCGAGCCCUGACGCGCCUUUCUCUCCUUGGUCACCGCAGCUGCAUGCAGCUGUUUUACGAGUCGCAGACUUGGGUGAGGUCGAUAUCACCGCCGGGGCGUUCUGCACGGCGCUGGGCACGACGCGGCGAACAGCAACGGCGCAACUGCCAGAGAUGAGUCACCUUGGCAGCGUAGUCGGUAGCGGAGAAGGCGUGCCAGCGGUAGGAAGCUCGCCAGGGGGGUGCGGCGCCGGCACAUGUCGAGGCUGCGGCUGUCCCGAUGGGCCCACUGCAAGUAGGGAGGAACAGCGGUGCCGUCAUCACCGCCGACAUCGUAGCAGUCAUCGCAAGCGCCACGGCAGUAGCAGCGGCAGAAGGCGCCGUGAUGGCUCGGCCGGCUCCUGCCCGCCUUCUUCUCCCGGUCCGUCCAAGUCCCCUGCCGCAAAAACGGCUCGCCUGCCAAGCGCAGUCUCGCUCCUCGCGACGGCCUCCAACGCGUCACCGGUCGCGUCUCCGUUCCGUGACCAGGAAGUGCUGGAGCGCAUCAUGGCCAAGUACCGCACCCCUCCAACACCGCCCGCAGAGCCAGCGCAACAGCAGCCGCUGCAUAUCUUCCUCCAUUGCGGAUGUGAAAAGACGGGAGCAGCGCCUGGUGUCACAGCAGUGACGGGGACUUCUGCCUCAGCAGUCACAGCAGUGGCACCAGGGCCAACAGCGAAGACAGCGGCAGUCUCCAAUCCUGCCUCAACUCUGCCACCAGCCGUGUCCGUCCCUCCGCCACCACCAGCCGCAUCCGUCCCGCCACCGCCACCAGCCGCAUCCAUCCCUCCGCCACCACCAGCCGCAUCCGUCCCGCCACCGCCACCAGCCGCAUCCAUCCCUCCGCCACCACCAGCCGCAUCCGUCCCUCCGCCACCGCCAGCCGCAUCCAUCCCUCCGCCACCACCAGCCGCAUCCGUCCCUCCGCCACCACCAGCCGCACCCGUCCCGCCACCGCCACCACCAGUCGUGUCUGUCCUUCCGUCAUCGCCGCGGAGCGCGUCUGCGCUGAAAACCCCGCCUGGGAUUGCCGGUGCACUGCCGAGAUCACGGUCUCCUCCUGCGCCGACCCACUCCGCGAUGGACAAGGAGCGGCAGAUGCUGCUGGAGAAGGCGGACAAAUACGUCUGGCAACUCGAGCAGGAGGUGCAGCACCGCGCCCUUCAUUAUAACGUCGUGCUGCAGCAGCUAGUGGAAGAGGAGGCACGCAGCGCAGCUCUACGCCACGAUCGUGACGCACUCCUGGCGCUCAACGGCGGCCUGCAGGCCUCUCUGGACUACACUCGCAGUGGCAGCAACUCACGGAGGCGACACCGGCACGGACACUCUACCUCCUCCUCUACGUCAACCUGUGAAGCGACGGCAACCCCACUGCCUCAGGGUGCAUGUGAAUCAAGCACGAAAAGUCUGCCACCGCCACCGCCACCGCCACAGCAGCAGCAGCAGCAGCCGGCGCGGCGUCUCCCGCCAGCCGUCGAAUCCGUCUACGCCUCUCUGCAGACCCCCGCGGAUGCUGGUGCAGCAGCCGCACCAUCGGCGGCGCCGUCACCAUCUGCCACCUCUGUACCAGCGCCCACCGCAACUGCAGCAUCAGGAGAAGGUCGCGCGAGCGCCACGCAAGAAGUGCUUCGACAUGUACUGCUUGAGCGUGAGGCGGCACUGCAGUCGUCGCCGCGGCCUAGCACGGCGACAGCGGUGAUGGGCACGACGAACAGCAUGCCCCACCAUGACUACUCCGACGAACUGCGCCGCUACGUGGACCGCCUUUAUCAGGAGGCGGAGGCUGGCGCCGCGCACGUGCGUCAGGCAAGUCUGCCCACCGCGACUCCAACGGGUGCUGCCGCAGCAGCAUCAUUCCUCGCACCCUCACCUCAGCUGCCAGCCUAUCAGCUGCAGCAGCGGCAACGUCAGUCAGAGCUAGAGCAACUCCGGGCAGAGGUAGCAGUAGAGGGGGAGCGCAUGAGGGCCGAUACACAGCGGUGGCGCGCCUACCUUCAGCAGCAGCAGCAACACCAACGGCUUUGA